AUGAAUCCUCUAGGUUUCCCUAACACUAUGGUCCUAGGUCCCCUUACUACUAGGUAUCCUCUAGGCCCCUCUAGUACUAGGUAUCCUCUAGGUCCCCCUACUACUAGUUAUCAUCUAGGUCUCCCUACUACUAGAUAUCCUCUAGGCCCCUCUACUAUUAGGUAUCCUCUAGGUCCCCCUAGUACUAGAUAUCCUCUAGGUCUCCCUACUGCUACAUAUACUCUAGGUCCUCUUACUACUAGGUAUUCUCCAGGUCCUCUUCAUACUAGGUAUUUUCUAGGUCCACCUACCGCUAAGUAUCCUCUAGGUCUCUUUUCAGCUAGAUAUACUCUAGGUCUCCCUACGACUAGGUAUUUUCUAGGUCCCCCUACUGCUAGGUAUUCUCAAGGUCCUACUACUAGGUAUACUCUAGGUCCCCCUACUACUAGGUAUUCUCAAGGUCCCCCUACUACUAGGUAUCCUCUAAAUCCCCCUACCACUAGGUAUUCUCUAGGUCCCCCUACUACUAGGUAUCCUUUAGGUCCCCCUACUACUAGGUAUCCUCUAGGCCCCUCUACUACUAGGCAUCCUCUAGGUCCCCCUACUACUAGGUAUCCUCUAGGCCCCUCUACUACUAGGUAUCCUCUAGGCCCCUCGACUAUUAGGUAUCCUCCAGGUCUAGGCCCCUCUACUACUAGGUAUCCUCUAGGUCCCCCUACUACUAGGUAUCCUCUAGGCCCCUCUACUACUAGGUAUCCUCUAGGUCCCCCUAAUACUAGGUAUCCUCUAGGCCCCUCUUCUACUAGGUAUCCUCUAGGUCCCCCUACUACUAGGUAUACUCUAGGUCCCCCUACUACUAGGUAUCAUCUAGCUCCCCCUACUACUAGGUAUCCUCUAGGCCCUUCUACUACUAGGCAACCUCUAGGUCCCCCUACUACUAGGUAUACUCUAGGUCCCCCUACUACUAGGUAUCCUCUAGGCCCCUCUACUACUAGGUAUCCUCUAGGCCCCUCGACUAUUAGGUAUCCUCCAGGUCCCCCUAGUACUAGGUAUCCUCUAGGUCCCCCUACUACUAGGCAUCCUCUAGGCCCCUCUACUACUAGGUAUCCACUAGAUCCCCCUAAAACUAGGUAUCCUCUAGGCCCCUCUUCUAGUAGGUAUCCUCUAGGUCCCCCUACUACUAGGUAUACUCUUGGUCCCCCUACUUCUUGGUAUCAUCUAGGUCCCCCUACUGCUAAGUAUUCUCAAGGUCCUCCUACUACUAGGUCUCUGAAGCAGGUGCGUAGACAGGAUUUGAGAUAG